AGCUGCAUAAGACGACAGACUGCACGGCUAGCAUCAAUCGUCAUGGCAUCAACAAUCCCGCUCCGCCGCAUCACGAGGGCGUCCAUGGCGCGCUUCGCGUACACGGGCAACGACGCGCCAGACAUCGAGGACAUCAUACCUCCCAAGUCGCAGGACACGACGACGGUCUCGAGGAAGCGCAAGCGCACGGUCAAGACUGAAGAAGAAGAAGAAGAAGAAGAAGAAGAGGUCAAGACCACGACAGCCCAAGCGUCCACCCACCCCUCGUCGUCGUCGUCCCCUGCCCGCCGCGCCCGCAAGCCCGCCCGCAAGACUCACGACCCCAAAACUGGCGCCGAGACCGUGACGGCCCCUUCAGACUGGGAGGAACUCUACGACACAGCCAAGAUCAUGCGCAUGCCCGGCGGCGCGGCAGCCAACGCAGCCGUCGACACAAUGGGCUGCGAGAGGCUGGCCGAUCCGCAGGCCAGCCCGCGCGACCAGCGCUUCCACACCCUCGUGGCGCUGAUGCUUUCAAGCCAGACCAAAGACACGACCAACGCGGUCGUCAUGGCCCGCCUCAAGACGGAGCUCCCACCGCACACGCCCGGCGCGCCACCCGGGCUCAACCUCGAGAACAUGCUCGCCGUGGCGCCCGACACGCUCAACGAGAUGAUCUGGGCGGUGGGGUUCCACAACAACAAGACCAAGUACCUGAAGCAGGCGGCGGAGAUGCUCCGCGACCAGUGGGGCGGCGACAUCCCGGACACGAUCGAGGGCCUGGUGUCGCUGCCCGGGGUGGGGCCCAAGAUGGCGCACCUGUGCCUGUCGAGCGCGUGGGGCCGCACCGAGGGGAUCGGCGUCGACGUGCACGUGCACCGCAUCACGAACCUGUGGGGCUGGCACAGGACGAGCAACCCCGAGCAGACCAGGCUGGCGCUGCAGGCCUGGCUGCCGAGGGACCGGUGGCGCGAGAUCAACUGGCUGCUGGUCGGCCUGGGCCAGACCGUCUGUGCGCCCGUGGCCAGGAAGUGUGGGGACUGCGAGCUGGGCCUGCGUGGGAUGUGCAAGGCGGCGGACAGGGCCAAGGUGAUACAGGGGAGGAAGAGGCAGCUGCAGCUGCAGCAGGAGACGACCAAGGUGGAGGUGGAGGCGAAGGCGGAGGGGGAUGAGAAGGUCGUUAUCAAGACAAAAGAG